AUGGCAACCGAAGUGGUUGUAGAGCAAGAUCAGGCCAGCUCUUGUAGCACCAGGAUCAGCGACUUUGACCUGGACAGUCUCAGCAGCAUCCUGACCGAAUUUGAUGACAUUCUUGAGAGAAAAGUUGAGCUUCCGCCGAUGGAAGAGUUCCUGAUGACCGUCCAGGACCAGUCUAUUCAUCUGAGGGAUUGGUUGAAAUUGGAAAACCGACUCAACACUUUCGUUGAUUGGCCUUAUGAUGAUGUGCAAGGUGCGGUCUGUACUUCCGAGAAGGUAAGUUAUAUGAAUAUCGGAUCUUUAACACAGUCUUUUAUUGGCAUAGAGAAGAUUUAGAAUUAAUUUUUUUCAUGUCAUGGCCACAAAAUCAAACAUUAUGAGUUUAUUUUACACCAAUUUACCCAUCUCCUUGCAGUUGGCGCUCUCUGGAUUUAUGAUGACCAGCAGCGAACAAUUUUGCGCCAAAUGUAUUCUCUGUGAUCUUGAGCUGUGCUUGGCCAAGUCCAACCCUCCUUCCGAACGUCAUCUGGCCUACAGACCCAACUGUUUGUUGGCCAACAUGAAGAAGUCGGAAAAGGAAUUUUUGGUCAGCGAUGUUGUGGAUUUGUGCAUCGAUCGAGUUCAUCAUCACAAUGUAAGUUCCAUAUUCUCCAACUUUUACAUUCUGUUGAGAUUUUCGUAAGAUUAAUUUUAUUUUUUCAGUAUCCCGACAUCAAGAUCGAAGCCCUUCAAGAUCUCUGGCUCCAGACACCGCCCGCUUUUCAAUUGGACCGUAAAGUGAUGGAUAUUUAUUUGGGAAACGCCUCAGGCGCUAUCAGUGACGCCAUUGAGGAUAUUUCAUCUCGCUACAGUACCUUUGACUGCGAGGAAUCUUCGUUCCCGACUUUAAUUUCGGAUGAGAUUUUUCUCAGCUCGGAGGACUGA